UAUCGUGUCGGGGUUUAACUAUAAAUACCUUUGUCAAUGAAUAAGUUAAUCCCAUUUAGUAAAAUGGUUUCCCAAUUGACAAUAUUGUUGCUGAGUCUAAUGCUAAGAUUGUAUAUUUGUGAAGCCGGGCGAAAUUGGGAUUCUCAGCCGAUAUCGAUUAGCAGCAACAGUACAGAUGAAAACCUCCUGAAAAUGGAUCUGCAUCUUGAGCGCAAGGGUCGGGGUGAAUUUGGAUUUACAGGCACAGUUUAUUGGAAUUUCGAUGUCGACGAGAAGACCAUGGUAGAGAUGCUCAUUUAUCGCAGCACAACAGGCAGCGAGAGCGAUUACAAGUUGACUCCUUGGUCCAUACCGAAGCAGAAUUUUAUAGAAUAUCUGGACACCUUUUACAAGGAUAUUAUUCUCAAGAACUUUAAGGAUUGCUCAGAUUUGCCUGAUUUCGGGGAUAAAUAUGUACCUCCUUUUCCGCAAAAGAACUACACAAUUAACGCUUGUAAGGUUCAGGGUGAUGGCUUACCGGACGUUGUCCCCGAAGGCUUCUAUAAAAUGGUGGCACAAGUUGAGAAUCCCAUGAUGGUAUACAUAUCAGUUGUUUUAAAAAUAACAACAAAAUAUUAUUGAACUUUGUAGUUUGCU